AUGGAGUCGUUGUUUAAGCCGCCGGAUGCGUUAAACAUACAAGGCAAUCUUGCCGAUAAUUGGAAAAAAUUUGAACAACGAUUUGACUUAUUUAUGACUGCGACCGACUUAGAUUCAAAGGAUCAAAAAAAACAAAUUGCUGUGUUUUUAAGUCUAGUUGGAGAAGACGGAUUAGAUAUCUACAACUCGUUUACGUUGACAGCCGCGGAAAAGGAGUCCCUGAAAGAAAUCAAAAAGAAGUUUGCGGACCAUUGUGCCCCUCAAAAGAACGUAAUUUAUGAGAGAUUUGUUUUUAAUUCGUUGGUUCAAAAAGAGGGACAAACUUUUGAUAGCUUUGUAACAGACCUCAAAAUUGCGGUGAAAACUACAGAAUAUGCUGACCCACUGGAUAUGGUAAGGGAUCGUAUAGUAAUGGGGAUCUUUGACAAAGCGACACAAGAAAGGCUGCUGCGUGAAAAGGACCUUACCUUAGAGAAAGCUGUGAAUUUUUGCAGGGCCAUUGAGGUAAGCAAAUUUCAAGCAAAGGCACUGCAAACUGAAGCCUCUGUAAGUGCCAUUAAGAUGCAGAAGAAGAGAGAUAGAAAUGAACUUGUGCCUAAUAAUCUAGAAAAGAAGAGGUGUGGCUAUUGUGGCUACAACCAUACCAAAGGCAAAUGUUCGGCUUUCGGUAAAGUGUGCGGAGAAUGCAAUGGAAAAAACCACUUUGCGAGUGUGUGUAGGAGGAAGGAUCAAGGAAAGGAGGCCCGUACAAGCUAUGGAAACAAAAAUGGAAAACGAGUGAACGAAGUGAAAGUGGAGAAUAGUGAUGAAAGUGAGUGCAGCGAGGAUAAUUUUUAUGUAAGUUCUCUAGUGAAAAAAGUUGACGGCAUUCGGUCCAGUGGUGAAGUUAUGUGGCGCAAGAAGAUCAAAAUCGGAGGUAGACUAAUAGAGUUUAAGCUAGAUACUGGAGCAGAGGUCAGUGUAAUUCCUCUUAAUGUUUUGCAUAAAAUUAACAGGCAGGUUAAAUUAAAAAAGACUAAUAUGACUUUAAUUGCUUAUGGUAACUCGGAUUUUAAAAUUAAUCCAAUUGGAGAAAUUAAUUUGAAUUGUGAACUUAAUGAUAAAUUUGCAUGCUUACCUUUUGUCAUAGUUGAUAGUAACAAUCAGAUGCCUCUGUUAGGGUUAAAAGAAUGUUUAGCUUUAGAUCUAAUUAAGAGGAUUGACACAAUUAAGGAUUUGACAAAAAUAGGGCAAUUUAAUAACGUCGAGGACAUUGUAAGAAUAUAUCCUCAAGUUUUUUCUGGAUUAGGUUGUUUUCCAAGUGAACAUAAAAUUGUUUUAAAACAAAAUUAUUUACCACAUGUUCAGGCAGUCAGGCGCAUACCUCAAGCACUUCAUCAGCGAGUAAAACAUAAAUUAAUUGAUCUUGAAAGCCAGGGUAUCAUAAGAAAAGUUGAAAAACCAACUGAAUGGUUAAAUCCGUUGGUGAUCGUAGAAAAAAAAAAUGGUGAUUUGAGGCUAUGUCUAGACCCAAAGUUUCUAAAUCAGAAUAUACAGCGUGAGCACUUUUUAAUUCCCACAGCUGAGGAAAUUGCUGCUGAGCUAAAUAAUAAAGCUGUGUUUACUGUACUUGACAUGAAAGAUGGCUACUUUCAAGUUAAAAUUGACAAUCAGUCAUCUGAUUAUUGCACAUUUGGAACACCUUUUGGUCGCUAUCAAUUUUGUCGGCUUCCAUUUGGUAUUAGUUCUGCCCCUGAAGUGUUUCAACGCAAGAAUUUUGAACUUUUUGGAGAUAUUAAGGGCGUACAAGUAUACUGGUGUCAAGCCAUGUUCAUCAUACAUUUCUGCCAUCAUUGA